AUGUCGGUUAGCUUUUCCACCUUGGUGCAGCGCGCUCGCCCGGCGUCGAACCACGCGACCUCGGCUGCGUUCCGCGAUGUCCUCAGCAAGAUACCGCCCACCAAUGUCUCGACGCUUGGUAACGGCGUGCGCGUCGCGUGCGAGGAGAAUCCGCUAUCCAAGCUCGCCACCGUCGGCGUGUGGAUGGAUGCUGGGUCCCGCUACGAGCCAGCUGCCUACGCCGGUACGGCCCGCGUACUGGAGAAGUGCGGCUUCCUCGGCACGACGAACCAGACAGGUGAGCAGAUCGCGAAGGCUGUCGACGAACUUGGUGGCCAGCUAGAGGUAAACGUGGGCCGCGAGCAUACCUACCUGUACAUGAAGGUCACCAAGGAGAACACUGACCGCGCUGUGGGUCUGCUGGCUGACGUGGCGCGCAACGCUCGCAUGGGGGAUGCCGACAUCGUGAAGGCACGCGCUAUGGUGCUCCAGGAUCAGCAGCUGUUUGAGGAGCGCCCGGACGAUAUUGUCAUGGACAACCUGCACCGCUGCGCCUUCGACAGCACCCCGUACGGCGUGGGUACUCCGCUCUACGGUACCGAGGAAGGCGUGAAGAAGGUGACGGCCGAUCAGAUGCGUGACUACCGCGCCAGCACCCUCGCCGCCAAUCGACUCGUCGUCGUGGGCAGCGGUGGUGUCGAUCACACCGUCCUGGAGAAGGCUGCCAAGAGCUACUUUGGCGACCUCUCCAAGGCGCCUAAGAAGGCCGGCAUGGCGAUGCCAGAGUCCCGCUACGUCGGUGGUGAGUACCGCCUGUGGAAUCUGCGCUACAAGACAGUGAACGUGGCCUGGGCCUUCGAGACCUGCGGCGCUGCGUGUGAGGACAAUAUCCCGCUCGCCCUCGCCUGCGAGAUCCCGGGCUCCUUCCACCGUUCCCAGCACGAGCUCGGCCAGCACGCCAUGCAUCGCGUGCUGAAGACCUUCUCCUCGCUCGAUCACUCCACCCCGACUAACACCCACUUCAACGAGAAGUCCAUCGAGACGGCGAACCCGUUCCUACAGAGCUACAAGGACGUUGGCCUGUGCGGCAUGUACGUGGUGGGUCGUCAGGCGAUGGGUGGGCCAGGCGACGGUGGUGUGAUUGUGGAGGUGCUGCAGUACACGAUCGCGGAGUGGUGCCGUAUUGCGCAGAAGAUGCUGCACGACAACGAGCUCGCGCAGGCAAAAGUGAACAUGAAGGCGCAGCUGCUCUUCAACAUGGACGGUAGCGCUAACUCCGCCAAGGACAUUGGCCGCCAGGUGCUGCACUACGGCCGCCGCGUGCCGCUGACGGAGAUGUACGACCGCAUCGAUGACACCACCGGCACCAACAUCCAGGAGGUCCUCCAGCACUACUUCUACGGCCGCAAGCCCGUGUACAGCUACCUCGGCUACAUCUCGGCCAUUCCUAACUACGACUGGACGCAGCACUGGACGUACAAGUACUGGUAUUAG